AUGGCGCGAAGCUCCUCGCCGUUACCAAUUAGGCAUUCAAACGCCGUACCACGAACGCCCUCGCUCGCUCGCAACACGAUACUCAUCGACGAUGCCGACGAACUAGGAGCAGAAACCAUUCCUUGCUCACCCUCCGCCUUUCUUCGCGAUCGUGAAACAACACAACCAACUCAGAUUCUUCAAAAGCCCAUGCUUGCAUCUUUGAGAUCGUCUUCUCCUGCAAGCAGCAUCAUUGAAGUCCCUGCGUCCUCGCCUUUUCAACAACCCAAAAAGUCCACGCCCCUAGCAACCACACGACUCGCCCCUGUCGGCACGAUAUUCCGUCCGCCCCAGCGGCCAACUACCACCAUGCCCAACAAGCGUCCAGCAAUGGACCCCAUCAACCUCAUCUCUGACGACGAAGAUGACCUCACUCCUCCCCGUGGAGACAUUCGGCCGACGACGUUUAAGGCGCAGAUCUCGGCCUUUGCAUACGACCCUGAGGCGGAUGAGAGACAGGUUAGAAGCAGGCUCCGUCAAAUCUUUGACGUUUUCGGGGACAGAGUGCCCUCAGAAAAGGCCAGAAGUGCGCUGAAGGCAUGCCACAACGAUAUCGACGACACAAUCCUUCUCCUGGAGCGACAAAUGUCACAGCAACGACAAAAGCCUGCGCUCAAGCCCAAGAGACGUCUUAUCAGUAAGGGUGCUCUACAGUCAGUUGCUAUUAGUAGCCGAGAUACAUCCCGUUCUCAAUCUCGCACGGCAUCUCCAAGCCCUCAGAAACCUCGACGACGAUUGAUACAAGGUCGACGAAAUCCGCCCGAGCCCUCCUCCCAAGUUUCUCUUCCUGAACUUCCCUCGAGCGACGAUCCACUGGUUAUCAACCUCGUUGACGAUGACAAGGAGGAUACAUACCAGGCAGAGGCUUCACCAGAGCCGACCGACGACGCUGAUGACAAGGUGCUAAACUACAUCAACACGAGCACAAUUCAAGAAUUGGCGGCCAUGACGGGCAUGAAGGAGUCUCAGCUCGAGUGCAUGAUUGAGAAGCGGCCAUUCGACGAUCUUGACAAGGCCAGAAGGGUAACUAUUGGAAAGAAGCCAGGUGCUCGGAAGGCAUCCAAGAUCAGCAUUGGUGAUAGCGUCGUCGACGCCGUUGGAGUCUUCCUCGACGCAGUUUCCGCAAUUGACCAGGUCGUUGCCAAGUGCGAGGCCGAUGCCAAAGCUAUCAAGGGUCAGGUCGACACAUGGGAUGUCGACACUUUUGGUCAUGACAAGCGGGCACGACGUCAGACCUCGGAAGAGAAUCUUCCUCCCACCCCGACAAGUUUCAGCACUGUCAAGUAUGUUCGUCCUCCCAUCCCUCGUCAGCCUCGCUUCAUGGAUGGACACUGUGAGAUGAAGCCAUUCCAGCUUGUCGGUCUCAACUGGAUGUCUCUACUAUACAACUUCAACAUUGGGUGUAUCCUGGCCGACGAGAUGGGUCUGGGCAAGACCUGCCAGGUCAUCUCACUCAUCUGCCACCUGGUCGAGAAGUACAACGACAACCCCAGCCGGAAGCGACCUUGGCCGAACCUCAUCGUCGUUCCUCCUAGCACAUACAACAACUGGCUUGCCGAAUUUGAAAGGUUCGCUCCUGAUCUGUCAGUAAUCGGAUAUCGAGGCUCUCAGACCGAGCGAGCUGAGAUCGCCUACGAGGUUGAACAAGAGCCAGAGGCGUUCCACGUCGUCCUUGCGACCUACUCUCAGAUUAACAACAUUGCCGAUAUCGAGGCCAUGCAGUCAUUCGAACUCAACGCUGCCAUCUUCGAUGAGGGUCACAAGAUGAAGAAUCCCGAGACCAAGAUCUACAAGGACCUCCGCCGCAUCACUGCGCAAUGGAAGAUGCUGCUUACAGGAACUCCUGUUCAAAAUAACCUCUUGGAGAUGACAUCUCUACUCAACUUCAUCAACCCCGAAAUGUUCAACAGCUGUAUGGAGCAUAUUCAGUACAUCUUCAGUCAAAAGGUCACCAUCAGGGACGUCUCGAACGGCGCUUUCCUAUACAGCGAGCGUGUCAAGCGAGCCCGCACCAUCCUGGAACCCUUCAUUCUCCAGCGUCGCAAGGAUCAAGUCCUGUCGGAUAUGCCUCCAAAGAUCUGCAAUGUCGUCCAUUGCGAGAUGAGCGAGAAUCAGAAAGCAGUCUAUGCCGAGUACGAGGAGGUGUUCCGACAAGAGCCAUCUCAACGUGCCAAGAAGGCUCGUGGUCGUCAAAACGACCUGAACAACGUCUGGAUCCAGCUUCGCAAGGCUGCGCUGCACCCUCUCCUAUUCAGACGCCACUUUGAUGACGCCAAGGUGGGGAAGAUGGCUCAGAUCCUGAUGGACCAUGUGUCGCAGGAUGAGCUACACCAGCCCGAUAUCAAGCACCUUAUCCAAGAGCUCAAGAACGCUUCCGACUUUGAGCUACACCUUUGGUGUCGUGACUAUCCCAAGCUUCUCGGACGAUUUGAUGUUCCUGAGGAAACCGAGAUGGACAGUGGCAAGGUCAAGAAGCUGCUUGAGCUGAUCCAACAGUACCAAGAGAAUGGGGACCGGGUCUUGGUGUUUAGCAAGUUCUCGCGCGUCAUUGAGCUCCUGCAGGAAGUCCUCUCUCUGAAGGGAAUCCAGCACCGCAUCUUGAUGGGCAACACCAACGUCUCUGAGCGUCAGACUCUCAUCGACGAAUUCAACGAUGACCCCGAGAUCCCAGUGUUCCUCCUCACCACUGGAGCCGGUGGCACAGGCAUCAAUCUCACAGCCGCCAACAAGGUCAUCAUCUUUGACCAGUCAGACAACCCUCAGGAUGACAUCCAAGCCGAGAACCGAGCCCAUCGUCUCGGUCAGAAGCGCGACGUCGAGAUCAUCCGACUCAUCGCAUCGCACACUAUCGAAGAGCUUAUUUACAAGGCCUGCCAGAAGAAGAUUGAGCUCGCCAACAAGGUCACAGGCGCUGUCGAAGACGAAGAUGCUGCCGUGGCCGAGCAGAACCUUGAGACUGAGGUUCGCAAGAUGCUCAUGGAGGAGCAGAUGACGCCGCCAUAGGACGAGGCGUCGGAUCCCUUCUAAUCAAGUCUCAUCGAACGACGAGGCAUUGCGUCUUACACCUUCAAUGUCGUUUUUCUCACAUUUCUUCAUGAUUCACACAUUGUCAGAAACAUUUAUAUUUCUCUGCACGGCAUAGCAGAGCGGUUGGCUGUGUCAAAUUCCAUCAACUUGCAUCCCAAGACCCUUGGACGGUUUUUAUUCCCCGUCUUUUAUUAUCAUGACCAGUGUCGUCUUCCUGAGUCGGUCUCCCGCCCGAGUCUCGUCUCAAAACUCAUCUGCAUCGGAAAAGUCUACAGGGUCUUGCGCGUAGCAUGGAAGGGGGAAAACACUUUGUAUGGAUGUUGGUUUGUCUUUUUUUUUCUCAAUGAACAUACACGGAUAGGCGAGGGGGGGCAAUGGACAGGGGACAGGAAUGGUUAUGAUUUGCUAUAGGUAUUUUUUCUCAACUUUUUGGAGCCCAUGGUUUUAUAGAAGAUACAUUAGGGAAACUGAGCACGAAGCAUCAAAAUCAGUUUUAUC